UAGCUUGGGUUUGCGGUUUGGAAUUAUGGAUCCUCUGUAAAACUGUGUGAUCUGGGAUGAGGCAGUGAGUGAAGGGAAGAUCAGCUCUAAUUAAAGAGAGUGAAAAACACUCAAAUGCGACAGAAAAUGAGUUCAAUUAAAUGAAAUAUUGAACUUUAAAAGAUUAACUGGUUGAAAUAAAAAUGGAAUCCAGACCACAUUCACUCAGCCCAUCUGUUCUGGGGUUUGCUUGCGCUGUCAUCACGUUUACGGUGACUAUCUUAUUUUAGUUUGCUGUCACGGCCAAGAUUCAGUUCAAGGUGUUUUAUAAUUCUGUCUGCUGUUUCUUUUUGGAUUGAUUAUGUGAUAAUGCUGGGAAAUUGGGCAUUGAUUAAUAAAAAUAAUAAAAUUAAUAAAAAUAAUCAUCUGCAUUCAGCAGUUUUUCUUUUGGAGGGGUUCCAGGACACCAGUUCUCAUGAGACCAGAGGCCUUCAUGCACUGAUUGGUCAGGGCUGGGCUCCUAAAACGGGAUUGGUCAGGACAAAAUUGAAUGAGGUGGAGGAGAAGGUGCACAUUCAGUCUUCACCACAAGGUGAUGCCAGAGAGCCUUGUAUUAAAGGUGCUUUGAGAAGAGGUCAGAAAUAUAUGAGAUGCUCCAUUAGAUUUUUUUCUCUUUAAAUCUCGUCCUUUAAUAGACUGUUUUAUAAAUUUUAAAUACACUUAUUUCUCUCCCUGAUAUUUCAUGCAAUUUAAUCAUAUUUAUUAAAAGUUGUGUUUUGAAUGCUAUAGAUGAAUUUCUGAAGAACAUACGAAUUUUUCAUGAUCAGACCAUUCAGCUCAUCCAGUCUGAUCAUUUACCUGCAAACUAGAGAGCUUCCAGCACUGCCUCAAGCCUGGAUCUGAGCACUCCCAGAGUCUCUGUCUCUACUGCAUGAGCUGGUAAAGCGUUCCACGUAUUUACAUGUCUGUGUGGAAAAAAAAUGAAUCCUGUCAUUAACGUGAACAUUACCAUUUCCACCUGUGACCCCUCUCUGUUCUGCUGACAGAACUCUCCCUGAAAUACCUGCCAGAAUAGGUGACAGCGCUGACAGUGUGGAGGAGAGCUGAUGAAACCCUGCUCCUGCAGAUCUACGGUCCUGUAGGUUUUCAGGUCCCGGAGUGUCUGGGACUCUUUAGCCUUCUCUUUAAAUUCAGCGUACGGUUCAGGCACAGGAGGCCAGGUAAAGGGGGUUAAAUUAUGUGACUGUUUUAAACUGCUUUAAUUCAUCACAUAAGUGCUGUAUGUGAUGACAUAAGAGCGUCUGCUAAAUGCCUGUAAUGUAAUGUAAUGCUGAACCACAUACAGAUCAGGAUGAAUUCAGCAUUAGUUGCUAACAUCUGCCCCCUGCAGGCACAGCAUGUCACUGCAUGUCAAACUCACAGCGUUAUCAGAAACACAGAGUUUCAUGAACUAUAUACUGUGAAAUGUCCAGUAUUAAUUCAACUCUAAAAGUGUUAAUUCAACUCUUUCCGACAACAUUUGCUCCAGAGUGGACCCUGGACUUCCCAUGACUGUGGAAGGCAUCGCCUGCAGGUUGAGUGGCACACACAGAGAUCGGCUCACUGAGAGAGAGCGACUGAGAUAAAACAAACCUGGCUGAAAAGCUGAAAAGUGAGAAAGCUGAAAAGCUUGCUGCCGUGUGUGUGGAUUAAUUUUUGCUUUGUUAUGUUAGUUUAUUCUUUUUACCCAGAACCCAUGAGGGGGAAAGAUGAAGAUUUUUGUUUGCUUGUUUGUAUGUUGAAUUUUCUCUCUCUCUCUCUCUCUCUCUCUCUCUCUCUCUGAAACACAGAAUAGCAACGUCAUACAGGGAUGUUACCUGUUUGUGACAGGAAUAGUUUAAAUCUUGUUUUGAUCAGCUCAGUCAGUUCAUGUGAAUGGAGAAAUUUCUGAUGACCUGCUAGCUCAGCGACUGUUGCGAGUUUGUGAGAUUUAAUAGAGAAAAUAAGUGUGAAGUGAGUCCACUUGAGUACUGCUCACAAUACACACACGGUCCUUAAAUAAAUCUUCCCUUUGACCCCUAAGAUUUAAUAUUUCCUCAGGAAUUUGCACUCUCAGUUCAGCCUGCUCUGCUCAGCCUGGCCUCAGUCCAACACCACACCUCCUGCAGCUGUGGGCUGAACCAGGAAGUCACUCCCACUCUCUCUGUCACGCAGUUUCAGAGAAACGAAACUUAACUCUGUCUCUGUCAGUGUGAGCAGUAAAAUGGCUGAAGGUGGAGGUUUACUGGAUCAGGACCAGUUCAGCUGUGCGAUCUGUCUGGAUCUACUGACGGAUCCAGUGACUAUUCCCUGUGGACACAGUUACUGUAUGGGCUGUAUUAAGGGCUGCUGGGAUAAAGAUGAUCAUACUGGUGUCUACAGCUGUCCCCAGUGCAGUCAGACCUUCACUCCAAGGCCUGUUCUGGGCAGAAGCAUCAUGUUGGCUGAAGUGAUGGAGAACCUGAAGAAGACAGGACUCCAAGCUGCUCCUCCUGUUCACUCCUAUGCUGGACCUGGGGACAUGGCUUGUGAUGUCUGCACUGCGAGAAAGCGCAAAGCCGUCAAGUCCUGUCUGGUGUGUCUGGCCUCUUACUGUGAAACUCACCUGCAACCUCACUAUGAAUCUCCUGCCUUUAAGAAGCACAAACAGGUCAAAGCCACUGGAAACCUGCAGGAGAUGAUCUGCUCUCAUCAUGACAAACUGCUGGAGGUUUACUGUCGUACCGAUCAGCAGUGUAUCUGUUAUCUGUGUAUGAUGGAUGAACACAAAGGCCAUGAUGCAGUCUCAGCUGCAGCAGGAAGGACUGAGAAACAAAAGCAGCUGGGGGCGACACAGAAUAAAUUCCAGCAGAGAAUCCAGGAGAGAGAGAAGAAGCUGCAGGAUGUGAGACACGCUGUGCAGUCACUCAAGCGCUCUGCACAGGCAGCAGAGGAGGACAGCGAGAGGAUCUUUACUGAGCUGAUCCGCUCUAUUGAGAGAAGGCGCUCUGAGGUGAAAGAGCUGAUCAGAGAUCAGGAGAAGGCUGAAGUGAGUCGGGCUGAAGGACUCCUGGAGCGACUGGAGAAGGAGAUUGCUGAGAUGAGGAGGAGAGACGCUGAGCUGGAGCAGUAUUCACACACAGAGGAUCACAUCCAGUUCCUCCAGAGCUGUGAGUCUCUCUGUGCCCCUGUUGGACCUGAAGACUUACCCAGCAUCACUGUCAGUCCACACGUCUCUUUUGAGGCUGUGAGGAAAUCUGUCUCCGAACUGAAAGAGAGACUGGAGGAUGUUUUCACGAUGAAGUUGAUCAAAGUAUCUGGAAAAGUGAAAGAAGCCAAUAUUCUAGAGCCCAUGACCAGAGAAGACUUCUUACAAUAUUCCUGUCAGCUCACACUGGACACCAACACAGCAAAUCAACACCUCCGUCUGUCUGAGGGGAACAGAGAGGUGACCCCUGUGAGAGAGAUCCAGUCAUAUCUUUAUCAUCCAGAGAGAUUUGAAUACUGGCCCCAAGUGCUGUGCAGAGAGGGUCUGUCUGGACGCUGUUACUGGGAGGCUGAGUGGAGAGGGGAUGAUGCGGUUUCUAUAGCAGUGUCAUAUAAAGAGAUCAGCAGGAAAGGGCUGAUUAAUGACUCUGCUCUGGGAUUUAAUAACAAGUCCUGGAGUUUGUGCCGCUCUUUCGGCAGUUAUUAUUUCUGGCACAAUGCUGUGAGCACUGAAAUCCCUGUUACCCCCUCCUCCAGAAUAGGAGUGUACCUGGAUCACGGGGCAGGAACUCUGUCCUUCUACAGCGUCUCUGACACAAUGACCCUCCUGCACAGAGUCCAGACCACAUUCACUCAGCCCCUCUAUCCUGCGUUUAGGGUUUGGAAUGCUGGAUCCUCUGUAAAACUGUGUGAUCUGGUAUGAGGCAGGGAGUGAAGGGAAGAUCAGCUGUAAUUAAAGAGAGGGAAAAACACUGAAAUGCGACAGAAAAUGAGUUCAAUUCAAUGAAAUAUUGAACUUUAAAAGAUUAACUGGUUGAAAUAAAAAUGGAAUCCAGACCACAUUCACUCAGCCCAUCUGUUCUGGGGUUUGCUCGCACUCUCAUCACGUUUACGGUGACUGUCUUAUUUUAGUUUGCUGUCACGGCCAAGAUUCAGUUCAAGGUGUUUUAUAAUCCUGUCUGCUGCUGCUUUUUGGAUUGAUUAUGUGAUAAUGCUGGGAAAUUGGGAAUUGAUCAAUAAAAAUAAUAAAAUUAAUAAAAAUAAUCAUCUGCAAUCAUGCA